GCUGUCCCUGAUGAUCUCAAUUGCACGCUCUGCGGUGACGUUUUUCAGAAUCCUUCCCAGAUUCCGUGCGGGCACCACUUCUGCAGCAGCUGCAUCCGCGCCCUUCUUGCUCGAGGGACAGGCCGUGCAAACUGUCCCUUGGAUGGCCAGAUCGUGACCCGAUUUGCGGCAUUGCCUUCUGAUGCGCAGCUGCUGCGGCGCCUGGGCCAACUGCGCGUCCGCUGUCCUGUCUGCAGAGAGGAGAUUUGCGUCGAAGAUCUGCAGCUGCACCUUCAGGAUCCAGUCUCCAUGGUUGAGUCGGCGGAGGCCUACCAGUCGAUCCUGCAGCCUUUCUACAUGAGCUGCCCACUGUCGAAUUUUACAGUCGGCGAGUUCAAUGGCACCUCUGCGCUGAUUCGGCUUUACCGGAAAUUGGGGCCCGACCUCCUCAAGCGUUUCGUGCUCGCCACCGAGAGCUUCAUCGUGCUGCCCGAUCCAAAGAUGGGCUUUCAGCCGCAGUCGGAGGAAGACGCCAAUCUCCUUCGACGGGAAGGUGGCUACUUCAAUGCUUGGUGGGUGCACCCAACCUUCCGUCGCGAGGUUUGGUGGCAUGCGGAGGAGGCUGCGGAGGUAGAC